AUGGAUACCCUCCUUUUGAUCACCACUCUCUCCAUUGUAUUUCAAACGCAAGUUCCACUAGUUCACAGCUAUGGCCAUGACAGUACCUGCAGAUCAUACUGUGGGAACAUAACACUUGAUUACCCAUUUUCACUCCAAUCAGGAUGUGGCCAUCCAGGCUUCCAGGACCUCUUAUUUUGCAUCAAUGAUGUUCUUAUGUUCCACAUUAUCUCGGGUUCGUAUCGUGUUCUAGACAUAGACUAUGCUUACCAAUCCCUCACAUUACAUGACCCUCAUCUGUCAACCUGUGACUCAAUUGUCCUAGGAGGCCUCGGUAACGGGUUCGUGGUCGAGCAGUCUCGUGCCUCGUACCUCAACCCCACCUCGGACAAUGUGUUCAUGCUCAUAGGUUGUUCAGUUUCAUCACCACUGUUCCGAGGUUUCCCAGGAAAGCAUCUACCAUGUCGAAACGUUUCGGGCAUGGGCUGUGAGGAGUACUAUGAAUGCCCAGCCUGGAACACAAUUGGGUUCAGGAGGGUGGGCUCGGCGUAUGGAUCGGGCCUGCCAGAGUGUUGUGCAGUGCCAUUUGAGGUCAUGAAGGAUGUGAACCUCAGCAAGCUUGAUUGCCAGGGGUAUAGCAGUGCCUACAGUCUCGCGCCGCUGCGGGCCUCCGGCCCGGGCCAGUGGGAAUAUGGGAUACGGGUCAAGUACUCUGUGCAAGGGAAUGGUGAUUUCUGCCAAGUGUGUGAGGCAACAGGUGGGUCUUGUGGGAACGCAAGGUUUUUAGCCUGGCUCGCUCCUUAG